GUGUGUGUUAUAAUUUGCUAGCUGCAGCACAAAAGGAUUAUGGCAAUAGCAAUGGAGAUCUCAAAAUGGCCACUGAUCGGUUCUACUUCACGAAAAAAUAACUAUAACUCUCGUGACUUGUUUUCAAGGGGUUUUUCAUUUCCACAGAAGAACAUUUUAUUGAGAAAUCCGAGUUUGUACUCUUACAAUCCAUUAUUGACUUUUCAUGAGGCUGGUGGGGGCCAUAUGCUCAAGGGAACAGCUGUUCAUGUACACACUCCAAAUAUAUCAUCUUCACCAACGACAGCGACGGAGUUGCUUGAUUCGUGGAACGACGACUAUAAUGGUGUCGUUGUUAAUCCAGAGAGCUUGCCUUUAAGUUCAAAUGCCUUUGCAUCUGCUCUUCGAGCCUCUCUGUGCGAUUGGAAGAAAAAGGGGAAGAAAGGAGUGUGGCUUAAAAUACUGCCAGAGCAAGCUGAGUUAGUUCCAAUAGCAUUACAGGAAGGUUUUAGUUAUCACCAUGCUGAAUCCAGAUAUGUUAUGUUAACACAUUGGAUCUCAGACGAAGUUUGCUUGCUUCCUUCCAGCCCUUCUCACCAAAUAGGUGUUGGUGGAUUUGUGAUCAAUCACAAAAGAGAGGUUCUUGUAGUAAAAGAGAAGUGUCCUUGUAGUUGCUCUGGUAUGUGGAAGUUACCUACUGGUUACAUUAACAAGUCUGAAGACCUAUAUUCUGGAGCUGUUAGAGAAGUGAAAGAGGAAACUGGAAUUGACACUGUUUUCCUAGAAAUAGUAGCUUUCAGACACGCACACCUUAUGGCAUUUGAGAAUUCGGACCUGCUCUUUAUUUGCAUGCUGAAACCAUUGUCGUUUGAUAUUAAAAUCGACGAAAAGGAAAUCCAAGCUGCAAAGUGGAUGCCCAUUGAUGAAUUUAUGGGAGAAGACCUUUAUGUAGAAGAUCCCAUGUCCAAAAAUGUCGUCGACAUUUGCACUGCAGCUCAUGAAGAUCGGUAUAGUGGUGGAUAUAUUGGGCAGCAGCUGCCCUCUAAACUGGAUAAGAAAUUGUCCCAUUUGUAUCAUGCUGGAAUAUUUAAUUUUAAAAGUUAAAAUGAAUUUUGUAAAAUAACCUUUGACCUUGUGUAAUAGUGAAUACUCCAAAAUGAUAUCAAACUUAUGCUCUUA